AUGUGGCAGGCGCCCGCACGCUGUCCCGAGGACUUGGAGAAGCGCCACCACAGGUCUUCGGUGGAUAUGACGGCGUCUUGUGCCUACGAGGCCAGCCCGGUGUGCCCUGCGCGGGCCCUCUUCAUGAACCCGGCGGUCAUCCGGGAGGCCUCGGACAUUCUGAUGACCGUGGGCAGCGACUUCUUGCAGGACGGAGAUGCCUCGCUGGUCAGCGACAUGGUGAAAGCUGGUCUGCAGAACUUGAGCGCCCAGCUUGAGCACUCCCUCCCCGAGGCUCUCUGUGCCGCAGGCUGCGCGACGCAGCCCCGGCGCCAGCCGGCGCACGAGGCGCCCCCGCGCGGCGCCGCCACGGGCGGGCACCGGGCGAGCGUCGGCGGCGAGCCCGCGGCGCGCACCGGCUGCUCCACCAACGGGCAGCAGCGCCUCCUCCGCGGCCGCUCGGCCUCGAGCGCGCGCAGCCACCGCGCCUCGGGCGCCUCGCGGGUCCCCGCUGGCCCGUGGCCGCCCCUGCGCGUCCAGGCUCCUCGGCCCCUCGCUCCGCGGCGCUCCGCGGGCGCGAUGGCCUGCUGCAGGCUCCCGCCCGGCGCCCGCCGAGAGAUGUGCGUGCGCUACGCCGGCCGGCAGGCCGAGCUGGAGGGCCGCCCCGAGGCCAUCCUCUUCCGGAACGCGCGCGUCUUCGACGGCCUCACAGACGCGCUGUCGGCCGGUGGCAAGUCGUGCGAGCCAUUUGCCACCGAACUUUCCGAGCCCCAGUGCGUGCUGAUCGUGGGAAACCUCAUCUCCAAGAUUGGCGAGGACCUCUCGCCCCCCGAGGGCAAGCGCUGCACCGAGGUCGACGUCGGAGGCCGGACCCUCAUGCCAGGCCUCAUCGACAUGCACUCGCACGUUUGCUUCCAGGAGGGGAUGCUCGAGGGCUUCAACUACGACCAGAUGGCCAUGGGCGCCAUGGCCGGCAGCGACCUGAUCGACUACCUCCUGCAGGGCUUCACCUCGUUGCGCGACGCUGGCGGCAACGUCCUCGGCAUCAGCAACGCCAUCAGGGACGGCCGCCUCGUCGGCCCGCGCAUGCACCCCUCGGGCGCCUUCUUGACCCAGACCGGAGGGCACGGGGACACCGGCGGAAGGACCGAUGCCCCUGGGGCGGUGGAUCCACUCGAGGUCGCGCAGUUAUCGUACGUCGUCGACGGGCGCGCCGAGAUGCUCAAGGCCGCCAGGAACAAUCUGCGCAACGGCGCCACCCAGCUGAAGGUCAUGGCGGGCGGAGGUUGCGCCUCCGCCUUCGACCCCAUACACGUGACGCAGUUCACGCUCGACGAGAUCAAGGCUGCUGUGGAGGUGGCCGAGAGUUACGGCACUUACGUGAUGAUCCAUGCCUAUCACGACAAAUCUAUCAACCAGGCCUUGGAUGCCGGCAUCAAGUGUGUCGAGCACGGCUUCCUCAUGGGCGAGGAGACGGUCAUGCGCAUGAAGCGGGAGGGCGUCGCUUUCAGCCUGCAGUGCGUCAUGUCGCUCGAGGCCUUCGGCGACCCGGACAGCAUCACCUUCUUCACGCCUGCUCAGAGGCAGAAGGCAAAGGAGGUCAAUGCGGGCGCCAUGAACGCCAUGAAGCUGGCCAUCAAACACGACUUGCUGAUGGUCACUGGGGGAGACAUGUUUGGCGACGGCUACCAGCAGCGGCAGGCCGACAACAUCAUCUGGCUCGAGAAGGUUGGCAUGAGUAACUUCAAGGCUCUCAAGACUGCGACGAGCGAUGCUGCAAAGGUGCUGGGGUGGUCCGCCAUGAACAAGUACCAGGACGCUGAAGUGGGCGUCAUCAAGGAGGGCGCAUACGCCGAUGUCAUCGUUGUGGAUGGCAACCCUCUGGAGGACCUCCGCGCGCUGAAGCGGGAACACGUGAGGAUCGUCGUCAAGGACGGCAAGACAUACAAGUACACGCUGGACGACAAGGCCCUCAAGGUGGUGCACAGGUGCCUUGGCGCCUCUACCGGCAGCGCCCUGGAGCAGAUGCACACCGCACCUGUGGAGGGACGGUGCGAGGAGAAGAACAGCACAGCAGUGGAGCGCGCCUGUCUGAAGAGGCGCGCCCAGGGUGCGGCCCGCAGAGCCAUGGCGGCGGCCCUGGCCGCCCGCCCGGCGCUGCGGCUGGGGCCCCCCGCCGCGGGCGGCCCCUGCGCCGGGCGCGCCCGCGGCGCCGCGCGGUCGCCGGCGGGCCGCGGCGCGGCGGCGCCGAGCUCCGCGCUCGCAGUGCUGGGUGCGGGGCUGGCCCUCGCGCGGGCCUGCCGGGGCGGGCGCGGCCUGGGGCCAGGGGGCGGCCGCAGGCUGCGCCGGGGGGUCGGCCGGAGGGCGGCGGUGUCCACCGCGUGGGAGCCGGGCAGACAGGACGGUCGGACGUUCGGGUCCGCGGAGGAGUACCAGGCCCACCUCGCUCGCGAGGGCGUCCUGCCUCGUGGCUUCCGCAUCGGCAGGGCUAAGCUGUCGUUCAGCCCCGUGGAGUCGCAGAUGGUGAAGGACGCCAAGAUGAACCUCACCAUCGUGGCUUUGGACGAACCGACCGACCACUAUGCGCUGGUGUUCACCUCCAACGCGUUCCCGGGCUGCCCCGUCCGCGUCGGGCGGCGGCGACUGGCCGAGAGGAAGCCUCUGCAGGCGAUCGUCGUCAACAACAAGGUAUCCAACGUCUGCCCCGGUGGCGACGGGGAGGCCGCGAGCGAGGCGGUGUGCGGGGCCGUGGCGGACGCCCUGGGCCUGGCGGGCGGGGCUGGGGCCGUGCUGCCGUGCUCCACGGGGGUCAUCGGCUGGCGCCUGCCCGUGGAGGAGAUGAAGGCCGCAGUGCCGGCAGCAGUCCAGAGCUUGCAGGCAGAGUCCGCAGUGCCGGGCGCGGAGGGCAUCUGCACCACGGACCGGUAUCCGAAGGUGGUGUCCCAGGAGUUGCCUGGCGGCGCGCGCAUAGUGGCUUUUGCGAAGGGCGCGGGCAUGAUCGAGCCCAACAUGGCCACCAUGCUGGGGUACGUCCUCACAGAUGCCGACCUCCCCUGCGGGCCCCAGGAGCUCCAGGAGAUGCUGCGCAGGGCCGUGGCGUGCAGCUUCAACGCCGUGUCCGUCGACGGCGACGAGUCGACGAGCGACACGGUGGCCCUCCUGUGCAGCCGCCGGGUGGAGUGCGGGGACGCGGGCGCCUUCGAGGCCGCCCUGCGGGAGGUGUGCCGGGAUCUCGCGCAGCAGCUCGUGCGGAACGGCGAGGGUACCCAGCACGUGAUGCGGGUCUCGGUGACUGGCGCGUCCAGCGACGCCGCCGCGCUCCGCGUGGGCCGCGCCGUGGCCAACGGCCCCCUCUUCAAGUGCGCGGUGGCGGGCAACGGCCCUGGCGAUGCCCGACCAACGUGGGCCGCCUGGUCGGCAAGGUCGGCCAGCAGCUGGGGGCCAUGGGCGAGCGCGGCGCCGCCGAGGGCGCCGCGUUCCGGAUCGCCGGCCAGACCAUCUUCGCCGACGGGCAGUUCUCCAUCGACGAGGCGCAGGAGGCGAAGCUCAGCCAGCACCUCAAGGAGGCGGAGAUGGACGCCGAGCUGA